AUGGCUGACUGGUCUGACCUGACUGCAGCUUUGAAGGGAACUUCAGACACGCUACCCAAGCUCCUUGAAUCUGACGACCAACUGAGAGCUUUUGUCACUUCAGAUGCCAUUGACAAGCCAGUGACGUUUGGCAUCAAGUCAAGCGCCUCCGACAACACGCUCCUUGUCACGGUUACCAACGGCAACGCAAAAGUCAGCAAUGGCUCUUCCAAGGACGCCCUCUUCACCCUUUCAGCACUUCCUGAGCAAUGGGAACAGCACUUUAAACCAGUCCCAGCCAUGCCCUACCAGAGUUACUGGGGCAUGUUUGGCAUGAACAUCAAGCAAAAAGGCAUCGAGGUUCUGGGCGACCAGACGGCCUAUGCGCAAUGGACUCAUGUAUGGAGACGCGUCCUUGAGCUCAUUCACGAAGCCCAUUGCGGUCCACUUGCCGAAGAAGAGCAGGCUGAAAUCGACAAUGACUUUCUUACCGGAAAGUACACAUAUCUCGAAGCUCCUGUUUGGGGCCGGUGCAAGGUCUUUUACGAAUACUCGGGCGAAGGCAAGCAAAAUAUCAUCUUUUUGCAUACCGCCGGCAGCGACAGUCGACAGUACCAUGGUGUCAUGAACGAUAUACGGAUGCGUAAAAAGUGCACCAUGUUUGCGUUUGACUUGCCCGGUCAUGGACGCAGCUUCCCUACAAAGAAUGCCUCGGCACACACAAACACUGAAGACAGCUACGUGGGCAUCAUUGCUGCUUUUGUCAAGAAAUUGGGUUUACGCAGGCCGAUUAUUUGUGGUGCCAGUAUGGCUGGUCAGGUCUGUCUUGCAGUUGCUAUUCGUCACAGAGAGGUCGGUGCAAUCGGUACUAUUCCUCUGCAAGGAUCAGAAUAUCUCAACAUGGAGCGUCAAUGGAAUGAUCGCUCUCCAUACGUCAAUCAGUCAUUGUUCAACCCGGAGUGGGUUUAUGGCAUGAUGUCUCCCACUGCGCCCAAGGCGAACAAACAACUGAUAUGGCAUACAUAUAGUGCUCAAGCUUACGGGAUCUUCCACGGCGACCUCGACUUCUACUUUGGCGGCUGGGAUGGCCGAUCCCGCGUUGCAUCCAUUGACACGGCGAGCUGCCCCGUGUACAUGCUGACGGGCGAGUACGACUGGUCAAACACGCCCGAAAUGUCGCAAAAGACGGCGGACAAGAUUCGGGGCGCAGUGCACAAGUCCAUGCCUGACUUGGGCCAUUUCCCUGCAACUGAAAAUCCGGCAAAGUUUGUGCCGUAUUUAAUUGAGGCGGUGGACCACAUUGUGCAGGUUCGGUCAAAAAAUAUGAGUUCCCUGAGGUUGGGUGAUGGUACUGAUUAGGAUACUGUAAGAGAGUAAGUAUAUCUUAGACAGUUUGAAUAUACACGAUACGUUUU